AUGGGUAGGGGUAGAGGUAGAGAUGUAGAAUCUGAUUCAAAUAAUGAUAAUAUUCAAAAACAUCAUAAUAAGCGAACUAAAGUUGAUCAUGAAGAUGUUAUUAAUAUAGAAGAAUUUGAUUCUGAUAAUGAAAGUGAUAGCAGAAAUAAAUUCGUUUUAUCUAUUCCUGAUGAUAUAUUACAAGAAAUUUCCGUUAAUGAUCAACAAAAGACUUCUUUAUCGGAUAAUAUAUCUGCAAAUAUGGUUCAAGCAUCUGAUUUACAACAAUCAGCUAAUAUAUCUACAGAUACGACUCAAAUAUCUGAUUUACAACCACCAGUUAAUAACCAAACUUCAUCAUCAGUCAAUACAUCAUCUGUUACAACUGAUUCAUUAACUGCAACAAUAACUCAACAACCUAAUAAUAUAACUACAUUGGUUUCUGCUUUUAUGCAAAUGAUAACUGCUGUAUCUUCAUCAAACAAUUUAGCAGCUUUUACAACUCCUAGUGUAAAUCCAUCUAAUAAUCAAAUAAUAAAUCAAGAUACUACGAUAAUUACUAAACCAUCUUCUCAAGUAAAUGAUAAUCUUCUAGUUAAUCUUUUUAUUGACGAAUGUAAAAUACUUUUUAUACGAAUUCAGAAACCAACACCACAAUUAAUUCUUGCAUUAGCCCGAAAUUGUGCCAAUCAUCUCAGUGUAACUUUGAAUGCCUCAGAUGCAAAAAGUAAAGGUCGAAGUUGGUUUGCAACUUGGAAAACACGUCUUUAUGAUGAUUGUUUAAUGAUUGCAUUUGAUUUUAUGGAUCGUUAUAAUUGUACUUUGGAUAAACUACCUAGUGAAACACACAUAAUAAAGAACUUUAUUUCAAGUGAUGAUGUAAUUAAUGUAUUUCAAUCUCAAAUAAAAAAGGUCAAAAAAGUUGAACUUGUAAAUGAUCAUACAUCAUGGUCAUUACUUAAAAAUUUCAUUUCAAAUGUUCUUUUUAUAAUGGUUAGACACUAUGUCAAACUUAAUGUUAAUCGUACAGAGUACUAUGAUGAUGAAAUUACUAGUAAUAAACGAACUGAUUGGCGACAUACUAUUCUUGCAGAUUUGCACGAAUUGGAUCGGCAAACAGUUGAUGUAAAUGUUACAUGCGAGGGUGGAACAACAUUUGCAAAAGAAAUAGAUAUUAGAACCUUUAUGAAUUGGUAA